AGGUGAGUUCCACGGGCACGGGGUCCUGGUGCCCGUCCCCAGGAGCAGCCCUGCAGGCGCAGAUGGACGGUGCCCUGCAUUAAGGGUGCCGGUGGGGCAGUGAUGGGGCCAGCACAGGGAGGGCGAUGGGCUCUGUGUCUCCCUUCCCAGGCAGUGGCUGCAGGGUGCGAUGGUGCGGCGGGCGCUGGUGCUGCUGCUCUGCCUCUCCCUGGCUGCGGCGGCAUCGGCCGACUGCGUGACCCAGUGCUCCCUCUGUGCAGCACAGACCCACGGCACCGAGACCAGCAUUCGGCCCCUGAUGUGCCUAUGGGAAUGCCAGGGCUCCUCACCCCCCGGCCCCGAGUGGGACACGUGCAGGAAGGCGCUGGCGCUCCUGGCCCCGCUGGUGGCUCAGGCUGAGGGGAUGGACCCGGCCCCUCGGGAGGAGGAGGAGGAAGAGGAGGAGGAGGCAGAACCGGAGCCGGGUCCCGGGGAGCAGCCGCUGGCGCCGGCCAAGCGCUACGGGGGCUUCAUGAAGAAGAUGUCCAAGGGGAAGCUGCUGUCCCUGCUGCGCGAGAACGCCCACAGCAAGGGCGGCCUCAGCAAGAAGUUCGGGGGCUUCGGCCGCAAGCCCGGGGAGCGGGAGGCCCCCGAGGACUACCCGGGGCUGGCAGGGGCUGGGGGCGAGGAGGAGCCCACGGGGGCCGAGGGGCAGGAGCUGCACAAGCGCUACGGCGGCUUCAUGCGCCGCAUCCGGCCCAAGCUCAAGUGGGACAAUCAGAAGCGCUACGGGGGCUUCCUGCGGCGGCAGUUCAAGGUGAACACGCGGGCGGACGAGGACCCCAGUGCUUACUCAGGGGAGGUCUUGGACCUAUAGAGCCCGGCCCCACGGUCCCCACGCUGCCAGCCUGGACUGUGCCAUCACCCCAUGGCCCCCAUCCCUUUCCCAGUCCGGUGUGGUUGGCAUCAUCCCUGCCUCAUCCACCCAGGGGACCACAGGUCUCCAUCCCCAGUGAUCCCUCCCUGGUUCAACUGCUCAUCCCCUAGGGACCCCAGGUACCAAGGGGACAGUGCCACCCCUCUGGCUGCUGGUGGGGCAGCUGU